UUUUAGAGUUGGGUCGCCAGCGAAGGGCUUCCUUCACAGGGCGGAAGUUAGCCUCCGAAACCGACGUAAAACUUGUUAUAUCGUCCUUAACAGACAUUCAUAGCAUCUCGCGUAGAGGCCGAAUUGGUCAAAACGCCACCUAAUAGGAGAACAUGAGGUGCUUAAUGCGGGUCACCGCGUAAUACUGCCAGGAACGUCGCUCUACUUGGAUUGGUGGCUUUUCGCGAGGGAGUUUGGCGUGAGGGCGCUACGGUGCGGAAGCGGACCUCUUGUGUCGCCCGCCGGGCUCCAUCGCACCGCGGCUCGGCGAGACGAAUGCCGCUCGAAGGCUCGUCCUUCUUGGUGGCUUUUGCCCGGGGCCAGUAGCCGGCCUGACAAGGCCAAGUUCAACUUCCUGCCGGCGGCGGAACGCGCGCGCGCCUGCUUGCGUGUUACUCAGCAGAAAAUGGCCGCAGUCGGACACAGCGGGCCGAGGGACAAAAGUGUGGCCAACAGAGGGCCUCCGGUCCCGGCGAGUAGCUGCACAUUUUAGAGCCGCCGGCCACGGUCAGUCCUUCAUCCCUCGGUCCAUGAAUUUAGGAAGAAGUAGCACAGGAGACCCUAUCCAGUCUUCAUUGUGAUGACUGAUGGGCGAGAAGCAAUAAAGUGACAUAUCAGGACUUGGAUGGAGUCAAAGUGUUGAUUUGAAACAACUUUUUAACAUUUCCUGAUACAGCGGACAACACUAACUUAUUGUGUCACGUUCUGAAACGAGUAUUGGUCUGACCGGUUUUUAAUGAAGACAGUAACAUUGUCUUCAAGAAUUGUAUCAAAAGUGUAUCAAGAAUUGUAUCAAAAGUGAAGUGUUAUGGAGUGUAAUACUAAUUAUGAAACCGUCAUAUUCAAUGUGUGUCAUGAAAGGGCGUGGCCUGAGGUGCCAUGUCAGAAUCUGUCGUUGGUUAAUCUGCCUGUUAAUGUCCGAAUUGUGGCCUGCAGCAGCUCCUUGUGAGUGCUGUCAUUUUGUAUUUGUGUGCUUUACUGUGCCGAAUCAACUGAGGUGGCUUUCCUUGCCCACGUGUCAGGGCAUUAGCGUACCUCAAUCGCACCGUUUUGCUUUUAUCUCAGCGUACCUGAGGAUUGUCACUCAAAGCUAAACAAAUAAAUGAAUAAUCAUCUGCCUGGUAAAUUGGGGCUUUCGUGAGCUAAGGUAGGACUUUAAUAAGAAACAUGUACUGUUACAUGCCUGCAGGAGCAAAAACAGGACUUUCCAGAGUCAAAUAAAAUGUGUGCGCUUUCCCAGUUUUCCCUCCUACUCUCCUUUUCUUUUCCAUCACGACUUUUCCAUCUUCAGACGUAUCUGAGUCAUACAGGGGACGUCAAGUGUGAUGAGUUCCAUCCGUUCAUCGAGGCGCUUCUGCCGCAGGUGCGCGCGUUCGCCUACACGUGGUUCAACCUGCAGGCCAGGAAGAGGAAGUACUUCAAGAAGCAUGAGAAGAGGAUGACCAAAGAAGAAGAGAGGAUGGUCAAGGAAGAGCUCCUCGGCGAGAAAGCGGAGGUGAAGCAAAAGUGGGCCAGUCGGCUUCUGGCCAAACUGCGAAAGGACAUCCGACCGGAAUGCCGAGAGGACUUUGUCAUGUCUGUCACGGGCAAGAAGGCGGCCUGCUGCGUCCUGUCCAAUCCCGACCAAAAAGGCAAAAUGCGACGCAUCGACUGCCUCAGACAGGCCGACAAGGUGUGGCGGCUGGACCUGGUGAUGGUGAUCCUGUUCAAGGGGAUCCCGCUGGAGAGCACGGACGGCGAGCGUCUGGUCAAGGGCCGCCACUGCGCCAACCCGCUGCUGUGCGUGCAGCCCAGGCACAUCUCCGUCUCCGUCAAGGAGCUGGACCUCUACCUGGCCUACUACGUCCACCGCAAAGAGGCCGAGGAGGGCGGCAGUCCCGCUCGGACAGCGGUGGCCUCCGAUCAGGAGGACAGUCGCACCGCCACGAUGGACGGUCCCGAGUUCCAAGAUGCCUUUGUGACGUCGGGAGUUUUCAGCGUCACCGAGCUGGUGCAGGUGUCGAGAACUCCCGUCGUCUCCGGGGUGGGACCAAGUUUCUCCAUCGGGGAGCUCCAAGGCCACCUGGCCUAUGAUCUCAACCAGGCACUUCCCCAGCCCGUCAACAUGCGGCGCACGCUCGCUAGCACCUCGUCCAGUGGUAAGCGGCACAAGUCGGGCUCCAUGGAGGAGGAAGUGGGCAGCCCAGGUGGAGAAUAUUACCACUCGCCGUCCUCUCCGGGCAGCAGCUCCAGAAACUGGACGGAUGACAUGGAAGGAGGAGUGUCUCCUCCAGUGAAGAAGGCCGAGCUGGACAGUCCUUCAGCCCAGGAAAACUCACCCAGGCUGGGAUCGUUCACUCAACAUCAUCGGCCCGUCAUCGCGGUGCACAGCGGUCUGUCCCGUCCGCACCCGUCGCCGUCUUUGCACUUUGCGUCCUCAUCUUACUUCCCUCACGGAGCGAUCCGUUACCCUCCCCACCUAGGCCAGGACCCCCUGAAGGAUCUGGUCUCCUUGGCCUGCGACCCCGCCAACCAAAGCUCGGUGAGCGAGCGCUUC